GCGGCGGGAGAGGUGACAAGCAGCUGCGUGGAGGCGCCGCCGCCCGGCUGCGAACGGCCCCUUCCCGGCCCGGCUUCUCCGCGAGGUCAGUGAUUUAAAAAGUGCCUUUGUGAAGUCACUUUUAUGAGAGAGGACUGCUACGCCUGUGUUUUCAAAAUACUGUCUUUGCCAGCUAGACGUUGCCUUGACCUUACCUGUGGUGGAAGAUACCUCAACUGUCUUGAUUUGCCAAUUAAUUGAUGGGAAACUGAACUCACCGUAAAAGCAGGAAGAAGGAAUUAUUAUUACUGGGACAUGAACAAAUGAAUGCAUUGCUUUUCUUGUGUAAUCAGUACCAGCAAGCAACCUGCGGCGAACUAAUAUUCCAUCCAAGAGUGCCAUUGCAGUGAAGGACGUGUGCUUGUAACCGGUGCAUCAGUGAUACAAUCAGCAGACCCACACAUUUUACAGACAGAAAUGCUCCUGAGCAUGAUCUUCUUCAGCCAAAAGUCUACAAGUGGGACUUAAUGAUUGAUGAAUGACUGCUCGCCGAUAAACUUUCUCAGUUUAUUCAGUGUUGUGUGACUUGGACAUCAUUAAUUGUCCACUUUUAAAAAAACAAAAAACUUUCAAUUGGAAUUAUUUUUUUCCUGGUGUUUUGUUUUGUUGUUUAUUUUUCCUUCGUCAGUAACUUUGGAAAUUUCUUUGGCGUAAUUCGCUUGACGGGGAAGUUCUACACAAAUUCUGCAUCAGCCUUUCAACAUGGCUUUGAAUGUUGCUCCUGUACGAGAUACAAAAUGGCUAACGUUAGAAGUGUGCAGACAGUUUCAGAGGGGAACUUGUUCACGCUCUGAUGAAGAAUGCAAAUUUGCACAUCCCCCUAAAAGUUGCCAGGUUGAAAAUGGAAGAGUUAUUGCCUGCUUUGAUUCCUUAAAGGGUCGUUGUACAAGGGAGAACUGCAAGUACCUUCACCCACCAACGCAUUUAAAAACUCAACUGGAAAUCAAUGGCAGGAACAACUUAAUCCAACAAAAAACUGCAGCAGCUAUGCUUGCACAGCAAAUGCAGUUCAUGUUUCCAGGAACCCCACUACAGCCAGUGCCCACAUUUCCAGUGGGUCCCACAAUAGGAACGAACACGGCUAUUAGCUUUGCUCCUUACCUAACGCCAGUAACACCAGGAGUUGGCUUAGUCCCGACUGAGAUCCUGCCCACGCCACCCGUCAUUGUUCCUGGAAGCCCACCGGUUUCAGUCCCUGGUUCUACUGCUACUCAGAAACUCCUCAGGACUGAUAAGCUGGAGGUGUGCAGGGAGUUCCAGAGGGGAAACUGUGCACGUGGAGAGACUGAUUGCCGCUUUGCACAUCCGGCAGACAGCACAAUGAUUGACACAAACGACAACACCGUAACCGUGUGUAUGGAUUACAUAAAAGGUCGUUGCAUGAGGGAGAAAUGCAAGUAUUUUCACCCUCCUGCACAUUUGCAGGCCAAAAUCAAAGCGGCGCAACAUCAAGCUAACCAGGCUGCAGUGGCAGCCCAGGCAGCUGCGGCAGCUGCGACUGUGAUGACUCAGUCGACUGCCAAAGCAAUGAAGCGACCUCUCGAAGCAACUGUAGACCUGGCCUUUCCUCCCGGUGUUCUUCACCCUUUACCAAAGAGACAAGCACUUGAAAAAAGCAAUGGUGCCAGUGCCGUUUUCAAUCCCAGUGUCUUGCACUAUCAACAGGCUCUUGCCAAUGCUCAGUUGCAGCAACAUGCGGCGUUCAUCCCGACAGAUAAUCCUGAAGUAAUCAGCAGGAACGGGACGGAGUGCCACGAAGCCUCCCUGCGGAUGGCCAAGCACGGCUACUGUACAUACUAUCCUGUCUCCUCCUCUCUAGAAUUGCCACAAACUGCAUGCUAAGUAAAGAAUUUGUUCUUACGGACAAAUCACAAACUCUAAAAAGCUAGUGCUGCUAUGUCAUAUAUGAAUAUUAAAUAUGGUAUGCUUACUAUACUCCGACCUAAAAUAGUUAACUACCUGAUACCAGCUGUGAUGUUUCAAGACAUAAAGGGUAACAUUUAGUUUUGAAGAUUUUCUAAGCAUAGUUUAAUUCUUGCAAACGUUGUCUUUUCUCCAUAACUAUACCUAAUGGAAAUGGUCCAAUUGAGUUAGCCUUGGGAGAUUCGCAGUUCAUGAAUCUUUCAAGCUCAGCAAUAAUUAAUUUGUAUUGGCUAAAAACAUAUCCCGGUUGCACGGUUAGUUUGAGCCCAAACUAUAAUUGGGGGUUUUCUUCUUGGUUAAAAAAACUCCUGGUUUUGCUCCCCGAGCAAUUUGACUCCGAGAGGGAGGAAGUGCAACAGAGCCCGGCGUCCUGCACGUCACCCUGCCAGUCUGAAAUUUUUAGCCAGAAACCCAAAGUAAAGCACAAAUUCUUUAGAUGCACAUAGUUGGUGUUUGACUUGUAUGGAGAAGUUGCAUUUGAGUCAUAGCAGAAUAGGAGAAAAAAAAAAAAAGAAAAAAAAAGAAGUGAGAAAUUUUGCACAGUAUGAGCUUCAUACCCCUUUCAGUCCCCAAAAGAACAAAGUCUUGAAAAUAUUAUUUUACGAGUAUAUUUAUAAUGUUUUUAAAAGAGACUUUGCAGAAGUGCCUAAAUUUUGUCACAUCAGACUUGGUGAAAGUGAGCCUGAUGCCAACAGUCAAUCCUAGCAGAAGCAAAUAUCUCUCAGACUCGUGGUCGGGUUACCCAAAAGAUCCGAGCCCUUAGGGACUAAGAGUAACCUCGGCCGACAUAAAAUCAAACGAAAAGACCAAACUGACAAAAGGAGAGUAGAGAAAGAAAGCUGUGGAUGAAGAGAAGUGUACAAUACUCUAAUUUAAUUAAAAUUCAGUUUAGUCACUGAGACUUCGUAAGUGACUUUAAUCUAGGUUAUUAACUGAACACUAAGAAUGUAGAACGAGAUUCAGUUUAAUAAAUCAUUACUGUAUUUGCGUUUUUUUUAAUUGGGUUAUGCGAUUGUAACCAGAUUAGAAUGGAGAAAAAAUAGUUCUUUUAAUUGUUUUUCUUUAAAAACAUAUUUUAUGUCACAAAAGUAUGAAGAUAUCUUUAAUACAAUUAUAUACAUAUUAUAUAUACAUACAUACAUAUAUAUGGAUGAAGCAGAUUUUAAUGUUGUUUACUUUUUUAAAUACUUUGUUGAUUUACAAGGUAAUUAUAUAUGUAUAAUUAAAAUUUCAUUUGUUUGAUUUGAGAUAUGUUUCAAGCACUAUUGUACCAAAUAUUUCAUAUUUUCACAUUUUAUAUGUUGCACAUGUAUCACAGAAAUGACAUAGUUUUUAAAUUAUUGUUUGAAAAACAAGACAGCUGUUAUAAGUGGAUAUUAUGUAUAAUUGUUUGCAGCAUAAGUUUUCUAUGUGGACAUUA